AUGUGUAAACUUUUAGUCGUAUUUUUCGUCUUGUUUUUUCAAAAGAGUGUAACCUGUGACGAUACGUUUUACAACGAUUACCUAGACUAUUAUCAAUCGGAUCUGGACGAAUUGAUUCAUUCGUUCAAUGAGAAGAUGGAUUACUCGUACGAUGAAUCGUCCAGUUACAUGGAUAAGCUUCGGUAUCGACUCGUGAACGAUGUAGAAUCCGGUAAUUUCACAGCCAGUUCGAAUCUGUCAGAGACAAAUACCUCAGGUACCGAGCAGGGAGUAAAAUGUGAUCAAAGCGAUCCACGAAUCAACCAGCCCAUCGUGGAUGAUAAAGAAUCAAUCAUACUGAACAGUUGCUAUCCUGAAAAGAGCAAAGAAUCAGCAUUCGUAUCCGGUGAACGGAACAGAUUCAAAACAUAUUCGGGAUUUUUCUCAAUUCGUGUCGAUAACGAGUCGAUCACCAUCUCGAAUCAUUUUUGGCUUUUUAUAAGCGAAUCGAACUGCUCGCUGGAGGUUCCUUUAAUCGUAUUCCUGCACGCUUCACCGCAUACGUCACUCCUGGGACAUUUCCUGUUACAGGAAAACUCAACUCUGCAGCUAGUGAAGUACAAUUUUCUAUUCGUCGAGUACAAGACGCUGUUUGGGUUCAGUUUCGCCAGCUCUACGAACGAAACCAACCAUCCUAAAUUGAUCGAUAAAGCUAGACACGUGCAGAUAAUGCUGCAAGAUUUUCUCAUCAUUUUCCCAGAGUUCAGAAAAGUCGACGUAUAUCUAGCUGGCAGCUACGAAGCUGGUAAAUUAGCAGAACUCAUGUUAUUCGUUCUGAAUACCGACGAACCGAAUUCUACAAAAAUACCGAACUUGAAAGGAGCCAUUAUCACUCACGGUGCCCUCGAUAUCGAUCUAAUCAUCAACUAUUCGCCAAUUUGGUCGCAAAAUGGGAUCAUAGAUCUUCACACGGCUCGUUUCAUGGAUGCUCACGAGACUUUGGGCAGAGCAGUCCUGAAAUCCGGAGACGAUCAGCAACUGGAAUACUUCGUGUUGAAUUUUCUGCACAAUAAAGUAUCCGAAAUACAAUACGCCACCAAGCAAGAACAACUCGUAUCCGAAUUGAUGGAAAAUACUACUUUGAAACUUUUCAAUAACGACGAAUUUAAAACUAGCCAAAAUAUAGGCGAUAGAAGUUACGAGAAGAAGGUUUCAUUUUUCGAACACACGUCGAUUCAAGAGUGUUACCUUAAUUUUGCACAAUUAUUCGGUAAAUAUAAAGUUCUCUAUUGCAAUGGACAACUCGAUAAUAUUUAUACCCACAGUAUGACCACUGAGUACCUGAAGCAGAUGGAAUGGCCAUGUAAUGAUAAAUGGUAUCAUGCUCCUAGAAAACUAUGGUAUAAAGGUGAACGCUUGGUAGGCUAUUGGAAAAAAUACUCCAAUUUGCAUCAAGUUUUGAUUAGAAAUACCGGAUAUUCUGUGGAUUUAACCAGACCCAAGUUAUACCUUCGAAUGAUUGAAUUGUUCGUUGAAGAUCAAACUUCGAGUUAUGAUUGCUUAUAA